UUCGAUGUGCUCAGUGCUCCUCUGCCUUCGUUUUGACACCUCGACAACCGCUUCUCCUCUUCCAGUCUUGUCUACCUUUACCCCACGGACUUCUUUACUAUCGAAGACGAUGAUGUGGACAUUCGCCCGACUUUCUCUUCUGUGAGUGCGCCGUGGAAAUGAUAUACUCGACAGCAUAGCUACCCGCAGCUUCCACCACGGCUGAUGAUGAUGACGAUGAUGAUGGACCAACAGGAGCAGAGUGAUGACAUCAGUGUCCUGAGCUCGCUGGAGUUGCUGACCGAGGCCGCCAAGGAGGACGAUGGGCACUGCCAACCACAGUUCAGGCUGCAGCUGAUUGAUGACCUGACGUAUGAAGAUGUCAAGAAAUGCUACAGGGGCUCGACCGUCAGCAAGUACAACUCCCAGUACCACAAGCUGUUCCAGAGCGUCCCCAAGGAGGAGAUCCUUAUGAAAGUGUAUUCCUGCGCUCUCCUCCGAGACAUCCUACUUCAGGGCCGCCUCUACAUCUCCCGCAACUGGCUGUGUUUCUAUGCCAACCUCUUUGGGAAGGACAUCAAGGUGGCCAUUCCGGUGGUGUCAGUACGGCUGGUGAAGAAGCACAGGACGGCAGGCCUGGUACCCAACGGGUUGGCCAUCACCGUGGACACCAGCCAGAAGUAUGUGUUUGUGUCCUUGCUGUCUCGAGACAGUGUCUACGACGUCCUCAGGAGGAUCUGCACACACCUUCAGGUGAAUGGGAAGAAAAGCCUUAGCCUGAAGCAGUACUUGGAGGAGCCUAGCUUACUAUCUAUGGAUGAGUUCCCCGUGGUCAAUGACUUCCCUCCGAUGUUGAAGUGGAGGAGGAAGCCGUCCAUUCCGUCCGUGUCCUCCUCUCUCCCGGAUCUCCUUGGUAACUCCACCAGCAGUCGGAGUGCAGUGGACAUCCCCUACCUACCUACGGAGGUUCCACUGACAUUAAAGGGUAAGAUCAGAGCCAAUGGAGUACCCACCCCUCCUCCAUUCUUCCUCACUGAGGCCAAUGGAGUACCCACCCCUCCUCCAUUCUUCCUCACUGAGGCCAAUGGAGUACCCACCCCUCCUGCAUUCUUCCUCACUGAGGCCAAUGGAGUACCCACCCCUCCUCCAUUCUUCCUCACUGAGGCCAAUGGAGUACCCACCCCUCCUCCAUUCUUCCUCACUGAGGCCAAUGGAGUACCCACCCCUCCUCCAUUCUUCCUCACUGAAGCCAAUGGAGUACCCACCCCUCCUCCAUUCUUCCUCACUGAGGCCAAUGGAGUACCCACCCCUCCUCCAUUCUUCCUCACUGAAAAUGGAGUACCCACCCCUCCUCCAUUCUUCCUCAUUGAGGCCAAUGGAGUACCCACCCCUCCUCCAUUCUUCCUCACUGAAGCCAAUGGAGUACCCAACCCUCCUCCAUUCUUCCUCACUGAGGCCAAUGGAGUACCCACCCCUCCUCCAUUCUUCCUCACUGAAGCCAAUGGAGUACCCACCCCUCCUCCAUUCUUCCUCACUGAGGCCAAUGGAGUACCCACCCCUCCUCCAUUCUUCCUCACUGAAGCCAAUGGAGUACCCACCCCUCCUCCAUUCUUCCUCGCUGAAGCCAAUGGAGUACCCACCCCUCCUCCAUUCUUCCUCACUGAAGCCAAUGGAGUACCCACACCUCCUCCAUUCUUCCUCACUGAAGCCAAUGGAGUGUGA